GCCUUUUCGAGCACAACUUUAUAAAAUACGGAUUACUGGGUUUUCCUUCGUUGGAUUUAAUUGCCAGCGCCGAAUCCUCCGUUUCAGCACAAUGACUUUGAACAAAGGCGACAAACUGCGGAACAUGGACAAAAGGAGAGGGAGCAUGCCCUUCCCCAUGAACCUGCCCAACCUGCACAGGAGGAGCAUGCCCGUGGACGACCGGGACCUGCGCGCCACCAUGCCACAGACGGGACAGACCGACGAGCUGUCCAACCUGCUGCGCUGCACGUCCUACUCCCCGAGCGAGCAGCACCGGGGGAGCUGCGCGUCCGACUCCUCCGACUCCGUCAUCUCCACCGGCAGCGAGGCGGAGUCCCAGGUGUACAAGGUGGUCCUCCUCGGGGAGCACGGAGUCGGCAAGUCCAGCCUGGCGCGCGUGUUCGGAGGGGAUGAAGAUGCUGGUCACGACUGCGACGAAGCAGGAAACACAUAUGACAGAUCGAUUAUGGUGGAUGAAGAAGAAGCAUCCAUUUUGUUGUACGACAUCUGGGAACAGGAUAACAGUCAGUGGCUGAAGGAGCAGUGCAUGAGGAUGGGAGACGCCUACAUCAUCGUGUAUUCUGUGACGGACAAAUCGAGCUUUGAGAAGGCGUCGGAGCUCCGCAUUCAGCUGCGCCGGGCCAGACAGUCGGAGAACAUUCCCAUCAUCCUCGUGGGCAACAAGAGUGACCUGGUGCGAUCCAGAGAGGUGUCUGUCGACGAGGGAAGUGCCUGCGCCAUGGUGUUCGACUGCAAGUUCAUUGAGACGUCCGCGUCGCUUCACCACAACGUGCACGACUUGUUCGAGGGCAUCGUCAGACAGAUCCGCCUGAGGAAAGACAGCAAGGAGGAGAACGCUCGGCGCAUGGCCAACUGCAGGCGCAGGGAGAGCAUCGGCAAGAAGGCCAAACGGUUUCUGGGCCGCAUGGUCGCACGCAAGAACAAGAAGAUGGCUUUCAGGCAGAAGUCGAAGUCCUGCCACGACCUCACGGUUCUCUGAAGAACAGAUGGGAGGAAGAGACUUUUUUUCUUUGGCCUCUGAAGACCAGAUGCUGUGUGUGUUUUAACACUAACCCAAAAGGACUAAUAGAGCUGUACAGAAAUAUAUUUU